AAUAUCUAAACAUUUAUACUUGAAUCCAACAAAUAACAUCAAUAUUUAACUUUUAUACUCAUAAAAUAAAUAAUAAAUAAUUUUUAUCAAUUAAAUUCACGACCAUAUAAUUUAGAGAUUCAUAUAUCUAUCAUGCCGGUUAUACCGGAGGUGUCACGCUGAUUUUAUGACCGGUAUCAGUUGAACUAGGUUCAACCGGUGGCACGCCGGCCGACGUGACAACCAUGGGCAAGGUUGUCAAAUUUGGGGACUGAUAUGAUGGUCCAACCUGUUUUGGGGUUAACCCGGCUGACCAAAAUCUAUCAAUGCCGAAUAUGACCCGGUUCGACCCCGGGCGCGGGGAUGAAGAUAAGAAACUGAAACUCACCCCGCUCCAUUUCCUCCCCUUUCCCGCAGACACUGAAACUUCUCACAGGUGAAACCAUAAUCCCAAAAUACAGAUUCAAUCGCAAUGUCGUACAUCUCUUCCUCCAUUACCGGAACCACCAGCAUCCCAGCGUUCUCCAUCCGCUUCUCAACUCCUCCGUCCAAAUUCAGCUCCCUCCCCACAUUACACCCGUCUUCUUUCCGGCGGCCUUCGCCUUCCUGUCGCCGGAGAAAAGCAGUGAAGUUAUUUCCCUGUAGGUCGUCGAAUUUGGACGACGGAUCGCCGGCGAGCGAGGAGGAGGACGACGAUUGGCGGGAGAGGGCUCCGGAUAAAAAGAAGCCACUCUACUCGCACAGCUUGCCUUGCAUCGAGGCUUGGCUCGAGGAAUUAGGGUUUCGCCAGAGCAAAGAAGACCGCGCCGUUUGGUUGGUGGAGAAGCCCGACUGGCGCGCUCAGCUCUCGCUCGAUAUGACCGACCUUUACAUCAGGUACUUGAAGAGUGGACCGGGGAGCCUUGAGAAGGAUGUUGAGAGGAGGUUCAGUUAUGCUUUGAGUAGGGAGGAUAUAGAGAAUGCUGUUCUUGGAGGACCUUAGUUCUUCAAUCUUCCUUAUGGUUUGCUGCAUUACUUCAUAUUUGGAGCUUUGUUUCCUUGUUUUUGCCGUGCCUACUGCAAUGAAGCUUUGAGACCGUA